AUGCGACGCUCCAUCCUCAGUCUUAUGUUCGGGAUCUUUGUUAUCUACGCUCUUCCUAUACAUGCCCAAACGUACGUCUCUUCCACCGUAUGGAUUGUGCCGGAUGGUAACACUGCGGACCUUUCUAAGACAUAUAUCGAGGGUAUAACCCUUCAGGUUACUUGGAACCCAGCCCUAGAGGGUUAUCAAUUUCAAACUCUAUCCAAUCUGUGGGUUACGACCUGGGAUUAUGAGAUAACACAAUUCAGCCAGCUGCUCACCGAGAAAGUGAAUACGAAUAACAGCGGCACGUAUGACUGGACCAUCACAAUACCGACGAACGUUCUGAGUAGAGAUGCAAAAUAUGUCCUUCGAUUCAAGGAUCUCAAUUCAGUAUAUAAUUCUAGCUCCCAAGAAAUAUCAAGUACCGGAUUCUUAGUCAUUAAUGGAGCCUCUUCAUCAACUUCGACAGUAUCUCCUACUCCAAUACGCUCGACCCAGACAUCUUCGUCGGCCUCUAGCACAGCUACCACCAGCGCUUUGGCGACACAAUCAGUAAUCUCGACUACAUCGGCGACACCAGCAUCCAUAUCCACCUCUGAGGGCAGUGGUCUGAGUGGAGGCGCAAAAGCCGGUAUUGCCGUGGGUGCUGUGGUUGUAGCUUUCUCGAUUACUGGGCUGGCAUUUCUUUUUCUCAGGCGGCAACGCCAUGCUAAACGUCCCUCUGCGGAGCCUUCAACAGAGCCUCCAAUGUACUAUGAUCCGCCAAAGCAACCCUUCAUUGGAAACACGAGUAACGUGAUAGCUGAGAUUGGGGAUCGUGAGAGAGCUGAAUUGCAGGGCAGCUAG